AUGAAUCAUUCUCAACUUAUUGAACUUCUCAACGAUGAAACAACAAUAUUUUUCUAUGACCACCUACAGAAGUUUCCAGCUGAUAGUAUAGAACAUAAACUCUUAGAUGUUUUUACAUUUGGAGUUUGGAAUGAUUAUUUGGAUUUAGAGAAAGAUUUACCAGCAGAUUUGAAGCUCAAGCCAAAUAGUAGAGCAGCUCAAAAGCUUAAAUGCUUAACAAUUACAUCAUUCUUCUUAAACAAUAUUAAAGGACGAUAUGAAACAUUAAAAGAAGUCAUCGGCGCUAAAGAUGAGGAAGAAGUCGAGAACAUAGCAAUUAUGGCACAAGGAUUUGGCCUUGUUCGUAUUCAAAUCGAUCAGAAUGCUUCAGAAAUUGAUUGCUUACGUGUUUCAUCAAGAUGCAUCCGCAAUACACCAGAAGAUCUUGAUAAAGUAAUCGGUAACAUAAGAGAUAUGAAGCUCAGAAUCAAGGAAGUAACAAAUUAA